AUGUCAAUUGUUUUAGUUUUUAGUAUCUUAAUCUUACUUUGUCCUACACAAGGUGCCCUUCAAAAAGGGUUCACAACCCAUCUAAUCCACCGUGAUUCUCCUUCAUCACCCUUGUACAAUCCUUCCCUUAACAAAUGGGAUCGUGUUAGGGAAGCUCUCCACCGUUCGAUUUAUCGAACCAAUCGUAUUAUUUGUCCAUUAUCCUCAAGGUUGUAUCCUAGUGACAUACAAGCCAAAGUGAUUAGUGCUAGUGGUGAGUACGUUAUGGAGAUGUUUGUAGGGACACCUCCGGUAAAACAGUUCGGAAUCGUUGAUACUGGAAGCGAUCUGAUUUGGACUCAAUGUCAACCUUGUAUUGAGUGUUACAAACAAGAAAUCCCUAUCUUUAACCCUAGAAAAUCUUCGUCUUACAAAAUUCAAUCUUGUGAGUCUAAGGCUUGUCAUGCAUUAGACCAUAAACAAGCUGGAUGUACCAAAAGACAAACAUGUUCGUACAUGUACAAUUACGGCGACCAAUCUCACACAAUUGGUGAUGUCGCAUUGGAAACCUUAUCUUUCAACUCCACAAAUCAAAUAGAAGCAACCUCAUAUCCAAACAUCGUCUUUGGGUGUGGUCACAACAAUGCUGGUACGUUCAGUGAACAUGGGUCAGGUCUAAUCGGGUUAGGAGGCGGACCUCUUUCACUAGUAUCCCAACUAAAAUCCACAAUUGGUGGAAGAUUCUCUCAUUGUUUAAUCCCAUUCUCAAAUGAAGACACUAAUCUUACAAGCAAAAUCAAUUUUGGAUCAAACGCUGAAGUAACGGGGCAUGGUGUUGUGUCCACACCUCUAGCUAGCCAAUCUUCGUCAACAUAUUAUUUCCUUACCCUAGAGGCAAUAAGUGUUAAAACCCACAAAAUACCCUUCUCUAGUUACACCAAAUCUAGUAUCUUUAACAAUGAUUAUGGUACUAAUGAGGGUAAUAUAAUCAUUGAUUCAGGAACAACAUUAACAAUUUUACCUCCAGAUUUUUACAAUGAUUUAACGCACGCUUUAGAGAACGCGAUUAAGGGAUCGAAAGUUGAUGAUCCAACAGGGACAUUAGAUUUGUGUUACAAAGCAACAGAAGAUAUAGAAUUUCCUGAUAUAAUUGCACAUUUUAAAGGGGCAAAUGUAGAAUUAAAACCAGUAAAUACAUUUAUAAAAGUAGCAGACGAUGUGAUUUGCCUAGCAGCUAUGCCAGCAGAAGAUAUGGCAAUAUUAGGGAAUGUGGCUCAAGGCAAUUUCUUGGUGGGGUAUGAUACUCAACAAGGGACUGUGUCUUUUAAGCCUCUUGACUGCACUAAGGUCUAA